AUGUCUUCGACGUAUAAACGUCCUGAGCCUCGCGAAUGGCAGUAUUUUCCUCUUCCACCACUGCUUCCUGCCGACCCGCCGCCUUCGAACCUGCUCAAUGCGCCAGAGCUGUCGACAUACAGAGCGCCGGCUGACUUCGGAAACAACUACAUUCGCAGCACACAUAUAUCUCCCGUCGCAUGGCCUCGUAGAGCGCCUUUCGUGCCAACUCCGCCUCACGCGCGCGCGCCCGACGGCGAGAAACGAGAUGCAAAGAAGGCGCGGGUCAAGCAAGUCGUGCAAGAGCUCACAGGCACAGGGGAGCAAUACGAGAAUGGGAUGCUCGAUGCUCUAGCGGGAAGCGACAAGGUCCUCUGGAUGUGUGCGAAUCGCUACGCCAGAGCCUCCCGAACGGGUAGCGGUGUUGCCUUAAUCUGUCUCCACGCGAAUGGCACGCACAAGGAGUUGUUCGAGCCUUUACUGAGCCGUCUAUUUGCGCUGCGCGAUGACGUCGACGAGGUAUGGGCGCUGGACACAGUUCAACACGGAGACUCUGCGCUACUCAACGAGGACAAUGAUAGCCUGGGCAUACUCUACUCAUGGAUGGACGGUUCCCGCGACGUGCUUUGCUUCCUUCAGCACUACCUACCAUCGGAGCCAUGCACCCAACUUCCUAUCCUACUCGAACGUGUACCCACCGAGCUUAGUGAACAGCGCGUCACGAAGGGCUUUACAAGGAGGAGGAUCAUGGGUGUUGGACAAUCGUUCGGCGGAUGUCUCUUGACACUUGCGGCGCGAGAGGCCCCCUCUCUAUUCGACGCGCUCGUCCUCAUUGAUCCUCUCAUCCUGCCUCGCGAGCUUGAUGACACAGUCGUCUCAUUUCUUCGCGCCUUUCUGGCAGUUGCCGUCGGCCGGCGCAACGAUUGGGCGAACCGUGGGGAUGCUCUCAAAGCCUUUAAAGCAUCUCCUCUAGGCGCGUGGCCCAAAGAAGUACUCAACCUGUACAUCCAAUAUGGGCUCGCCGAACGCUCAGACGGCAGCGUUCGCCUCAAGUGCACUGGACUGCAAGAGGCCGUAGUCUUCGUCGAGGCACGCGGUGCGCAUCAAGCCUGGACGGUAUUGCCGAAAAUCGACGAACGCGUGGCGAUACACUGGAUCUUGCCGCCGACAGACGAGAGCAUAGCUAGGAUCGAGGAUAUUGCGGCUGCGCGUGUUCAUCGUCGUGAAGUCAACACGACACACGUUGUGCUUCCUGAAGGGACACAUCUCCUCGUGCAGAGUCACCCAGCAGAAGUGGCGGCGGAGUUGAACGAGUUCAUGGAGAGAUGGAAGCGGCAGGUCGAUGAUAGCGUAGUACGAACGAAAGCGCGGCUGUAG